AUGUCUUCUACUCAGUCCCCCAUGCUGAGUCUGGCCGCAACGGCUUUUGCGACCAUCAUGGUGGGGUUUGGCGUCAAUGCCCUCGUGCGCCCUGCUCAUGCGUUGUCAUUCUUCGAAUUUGAGCCACCCGCGGGUGCCGCAGAUCGGAAAAUGGUCGACAGCCUUAUGGCAGUCUAUGGAGUUCGCGACAUCUUCAUGGGAUUCGCUAUGUAUAUCGCCUUGUUAUUUGGGACCCCUAAGUCUUUAGGCUGGACUUUGAUCAUUACUAGUCUGGUUGCAUUUGCAGAUGGGGCUAUAUGCUGGAGCCAUGGCCAGGGACAGUGGGCUCACUGGAGUUAUGCACCGAUGAUCUUGCUGGUAGGGGGGUUGACGCUUAGCACCAGCGCACCGCGAACUACAUGA